AUGAGAUCACCCUGGAAUGUUGUGUUGGCCCUUUCCUGUUUUACAUUCCCCUCGAUUUCACAUCCAACUGGGGGAAAACGCCAGCUCAGCUGCAUUGAUGUCGUUAUCCCAGUCACCAUAAGUGCCACUAAUCUCCAAAUUCCCAUCGCUUCGACUGGACCUGAGUUUAAUGUUCCUGUUCGUGGGACCUUCAACAUCGCUGCUCGAUACUGUGAGCCUGAGAUCAAAAUCCCCUUCAAGCAACAUACUCUUCAGAUCUUGGUUCAUGGCAUUACGUAUGACCGCAAUUAUUGGUCUGGUGAUGGGCCGCCAGGAUCCAGUUACCAUGGCGAUCAAUACAGUUGGAUUGCAUUUGCCUCUAAGCAAGGCUACCCUACUUUGUCCAUCGACCGUCUUGGAAAUGGAUUGUCGGAUCACCCUGAUCCAAUAACUGUCGUUCAACUGGCAACCCACGUUGAGACCAUCCAUCAGCUUGUUCUCAAAGCUCGAUCUGGGACAUUGCCCGGGCCUUCAAAACCUCGGGCUUUCAACAAGGUCAUUUAUGCUGGUCACAGCUUUGGCUCUGGUAUCGGGAACGGCUUGAACGCAAAGUAUCCCUCUGAUAUCGAUGCAACCAUUCUUACCGGCUUCACAAAUGCGAUUAACGAGCCAGUCCUUUCCGAAGUGACCACCACGGACUUUUCCCCCGCAGCCCAGGUCAACGCGGAGAAGUUCGGCAACCUCGAUCCAGGAUACAUAGCAAUUAACAAUGAGACGACUUUCACUCAGCUCUUCUACUACCCUGGCGGCUUCGAUACAGCGCUUGCCGCAUUGGACUACAGCUUGAGGGGCACCGUCACAACUGGAGAAAUUAUUAGCAUCUCCCUCGGCCCGGUCAUAGCCCCAGGAUACACCAGACCUGUCUUCGUUAUAACAGGCCAACAUGACGGAAUCUUUUGCGAUCUCGCCAAUCCAGAUCCCCCCGUUAAUGUCACAUUCGCAACCUUCGACUGCGGGCCACACAAGACGGGACUUCUAGCGCAAACUAAGGCUCUCUAUCCUGCUGCCAAAUUUAAGUGGUACGCACCACCAUCUGCCGGCCAUUGUUGGCAUUUCCACCGUGAAGCCUAUGCCACCUUUUCUAUUGCUCAUAAAUGGUUAGCAACACAGGGACUUUAG